CUAGCAAGUCGAAAGCCAAAUUUUGAGGUAUUUUUUUUCUCGGCUUUGUGCUGUGACCACCAAUUCACCCCCAAUCCGCCCUUCUGUGAUCGGCGAUCGAUCUUCCGAUGAUCUAAACCGCGCUAGAUCCGACCUGAUAUCGAUUUGUGGCUCUACCCGAAGCUACAAUGGCGUCAAAGGCAACAGUUGACGAAAAUGGCACUCUCGAAUCACCUGCUGUAUCCUCUCAAGAUAAGUGUAGCAGGAACAAGAGAAAAUUUCCGACGGAUUCCCCGGCCCUUGACACUCUUGAUCCUUCCGUUAUGGAAAGUGCGUACCAUGACUAUGGGCCAUUUCCAACUGAGGCUUCGAGCAGUCGAGAUCUUGACAAUCAUGUCAGCUUGUGUAGUACUUGUAGAGGCCUUAUGCAUAGUCUCAAAGAGGCAUUAUAUUUGGAAGAUGCAAGAGAAUCCUACUGGAGUGGCAUGACAGAAACCCACCUCGAGGAGGUUCUUCUAAGUAAUUUGGACGCAGGAUACGAAUCUGUAAUUAAAAGGAUUACCUCUUAUGGAUACAAAGAGUCUGUUGCAAUUAAUGCUCUGUUAAACAUUGGCCAUUGCUAUGGUUGUAAAGACCCUGUUGUGAAUAUUGCUGAACAUGCUCUUGAGUACCUAGCAAGCGGAAAAGCAGUGGAUGUUUCUGAGAGAGAGAAUGGACCUGAGCAGAUCAGAAAGUUGGAGAGGAGAUUAUUGGACGACAUGGUUGAUGUACUUAUCGAGAUGAGACCUUUCUUUGGUAGAGGAGAUGCAAUGUGGUGCCUGCUAAUGUGUGAUAUGAAUCUUUCCCUUGCAUGCACUAUGGAUAGUGAUACCUCUAGUUGUUCAGGAUACAAUGGCGUUUCAGGUCAUUCUGCUUCUCAGUUAAACACCAAUUGUAAUUCCUAUGGUUCUGGUCCAGUUAUGUCCGAAUGCAAUGUUCCUGCUGGUGCGCCAAAAUCUUCAACUCAUCCUCCAUGUUCCUCUAGAGAUGAAACCUCGAGUUUGACUAGCAAUGCUGGUUUACCUUCUUCACAAUUCUAUGCCUCACGCACUGUGCAUGGUUCAUACAAUCAUUCAGAAAACUUGAAGGAGAAUUCACUAUCUUCAUCUAAAUCUUUAGAGGAAAAUGUCUUCUCUUAUGCUCUACCUAUAUCUUCUUUUCCACGUGAAAAAUCUGCUGGAAGUAAAAAAUGGCAUGCCAGUACUUCUAGGGCUCGGUGCCGAUCAAAUCAAUCUAAUAGGAAUGGCCGAGUUCAUGCUGAUAGAUCAGGUUCAAAGUUAACCAAAAAUAGCAAUUUGGCUAAAGUUCUAUUACACAAAAAGAAUAAAUCUGUUUCAGGUUUUAUUAGUGAUCCAAAAUCCACUCCCUUAAAACUGGAUAAAACAGUUGAACUGGUCUCUUCAGAAUCAGUUACAACUCAGAACUUCUCUUUUACUGCUGGUUCAUCUAACACAGUAGCAACUGGCUUGGAUAAAAUCAGUAAGAACCCUUCCUCACCUCCUGCAAGCUCUGAUGCUUCCUUAUCACUUAGUACUGAUACUUGCCAUAAUGUCGCUAUUGGAAAAAAUGGUAGUUAUGACUCCACUAGGAGCAGUUGCAAUUCUAAUCUUCUACACAGCCAGGUUAGCUCAAACUCGACAUCUAUGAAUGCCAAAGAUGAACUAUUGGUAAAAUUACUCUCUCGAGUAGAGGUGUUAAAGACUGAGUUGCAAGACUGGACAGACUGGGGACAACAAAAGGUGAUGCAGGCUGCUCGUAGACUCAACCAGGACAAGGUUGAACUUCAAAACCUGAGGCAAGAAAGAGAUGAAGCAGCUCGUCUCCUUAAAGAAAAGGAGACGCUAGAAGUUAGCACGAUGAAGAAAGUAGCAGAAACAGAGUAUGCAUGGUCAAAAGCCUGUUCCCAUUAUGAAUCUUUAAAUGCUAAUAUUGGGAGGCUUGAAAAUCAGAACCACAAACUGAGGCAGGAAUUGGAAGUUGCUAAGACACAUGCUACUGAAUUAGCCAUCAAUUGUCAAGACGCAUCAAUGAGGGAAAUCAUGACACAAAAAAAGAAGCACUCUUGGGAAAAGGAAAGAAUAAUGCUUGCUGAGGAGCUUGCAUCUGAAAAACAGAAGUUGUUGUAUCUUACCCAGAAGUUUCAAGAAGCUAACGAGUACCGUGACCAGUGUGAGGAUAGGUGGAAACUUGAAGUUAAGGCAAGGCAAGAUAUCCUCGUGCAGGUUGCUGCUGAAAGGAAUGAACGUGAAAGAAUAGAAACUUCGGCUAAAUUGGAGGAAUCAGCCAUUGUAUCAAAGGCGGAAAGUGAUUUACAAAGAUACAAAGAAGAGAUCAGGGGCCUUGAAGACAAGAUUUCAAAAGUGAGAAUUAAUAGCUAUCCAAAAAUCCCUGAACUUAGUUGGGACACGAAUGGUCAUUCUAAUGCUGAAAUAUUGGAUUCCGAUGGAUCUGACGAUGAAGUACCGCGUGAUAGAGAGUGUGUCAUGUGUUUGACUGAGGAAAUGUCAGUUGUUUUCCUCCCCUGCUCCCAUCAAGUUGUUUGUGCAAAAUGCAAUGAAUUGCACGAGAAGCAAGGGAUGAAGGAUUGCCCUUCUUGUAGGACUCCCAUUCAGCGAAGGAUCCAUGUUCGCCCACUUUAAUCUCAACUUGCAAAUGCUGUCUUUAGGUCAAGGUUUGAGUCGUAGUUUGAGGUUUGAUACUGAAUAUGGACGUUGUUCCUUUUAUUCUCUUUCCUUUUAAUCGUUAAAGCAUUCAGACACCAUUGAAGUGUAAUUUCGUCCGUCCUUUUUUUCC